UUCACUGACAGUUUUAUCAACAAGCGAAAAAUUGUUUGCCGGAUGAAAUUGAAUCCUGAAAAAUCCUUGAAUUUACGAUGAUUACGGAGCAAUUAGUCACAGGAUUGGUAAUUGUGGCAUGUUUGGCGGUAAUUCUUCAAUUGUCACUUCACAAAGUUGAAGAAGGACAUGUCGGCGUUUAUUACAGAGCAGGAGCCUUACUUCCUGUAACUUCGAAGCCCGGAAUUCAUUUGAUGCUCCCUUUGCUCACAGUUUUCAAGAGUAUUCAAGUUACUUUACAAACUGACGAGCUAAAAAACGUUCCUUGCGGCACUUCAGGCGGCGUAAUGCUCUAUUUCGACCGAAUUGAAGUCGUAAACAUCCUAAAUGUCGACUCCGUGCUCGAAAUUGUCCGAAAUUACACUGCCGACUACGAUCGCGCGUUAAUUUUCGACAAAGUUCAUCACGAAUUGAACCAAUUUUGCAGUCGACACACGAUGCAUCAAGUGUUCAUCGACCUUUUCGGCGAAAUCGAUGACAAUUUAAAACUUUCCUUGCAACGAGAUUUGACCGAAAUGGCUCCCGGCUUGAGAAUUCUCUCCGUGCGCGUCACAAAACCCAAAAUCCCGGAAGCAAUUCGACGGAAUUACGAAUUAAUGGAGUCUGAAAAGACAGAUUUGCUCAUUUCCGUGGAACAUCAAAAGGUUGUGGAAAAAAAUGCGGAGACCGAUAGGAAAAAAGCCGUUAUUGAGGCGGAAAAAGUUGCUCAAGUGUCGAAAAUUCAGUACGAACAGAAAAUCAUGGAACGAGAAUCGCAGAAAAGGAUUGAAGCGAUCGAGAAUGAAAUUCAGGCGGAAAAGUUGAAAACUCAGACAGACACGGAAUUUUAUAGAGUUCAGAAGCAGGCGGAAGCGAAUAAGUUGCUGUUGACGCGAGAAUAUUUGGAGCUCGUGAAAUAUCAGUCGCUGUCGAAUAAUAACAAGAUUUAUUACGGCGAAAAAAUUCCAAAUAUUUUUGGAACGUCAUUUUUGAGUGAUUUGAAAGAAAAGACUCCCAAAGACUAAUUAAUUUAAAUAAAUGUAAAAAAGUGAAUUUUUGUAAGAAUUUACAAAAUUGUCAAAAAAAAAUUUUUUUUCUGAAAAUAAAUGUGAACG